AUGGGCAAUUUGGCGGGUGAUUUAGUAUGCUUCGAUGGCGAUAACUCGGGCGAUUUAGUGUGCGAUUUCUUGGUUGAUCUCGAUUUAGCAGGUGAUCCAAAGUGUGAUAAUUUGGGUGAUGCAGCAUGUGACGACAACUCGGGCGAUUUAGUGUGCGAUUUCUUCGUUGAUAUCAAUUUAGCAGGUGAUCCAAAGGGUGACAACUUGGGUGAUUCAGCAUGUGGCGAUAACUUGGGCAAUUUAGCAUCUGAUUUCUUCAUUGAUGUCAAUUUAGCAGGUGAUCCAAAGGGUGACAACUUGGGUGAUGCAGCAUGUGGCGAUAACUUGGGCGAUUUAGCAUGUGAUUUCUUCAUUGAUGUCAAUUUAGCAGGUGAUCCAAAGGGUGACAACUUGGGUGAUGCAGCAUGUGGCGAUGACUUGGGCGAUUUAGCAUGUGAUUUCUUCAUUGAUGUCAAUUUAGCAGGUGAUCCAAAGGGUGACAAGGGUGACAACUUGGGCGAUGCAGCAUGUGAUUUUGAUGAGGCAAUGACCUCCCACUUCUUGAAUGGUUUUCUGUGGGAGGAUUUGUGGAAACAUGUGAUGCGUGCUUUCUUGUGGUUUGAGCUCCGGUUCUCGACCACGAGCUUGUCAGCCAUGGCCGACCAGGGUGCUGCGAAUAGCAAGAGGAGGGCGGCCAUGGCGACGAGGGGCUGGUGGGUCAACAUGGUUCCUCUGGGGGGUGAUAGCUGUAAGAGAUGCAGCCCUUCUUGGCUUUUAUAG